UCCGCGCCCGGAUCGCGAUGGCGGCGGCGGCGGGAGCCGGGGCCGGGGCCGGGGCCGGGGCCGGGGCGGCGGCGGGCGGGGGAGGCGGGGAGCGGAGCAGCACCCGGGACCGGCUCCUGGCGGCGCUGGAGGAUCUCGAGCUCUUGGCCAGGGAACUAAUUGAAAUUUUGGCAAUUUCAAGAAACCAAAAGCUUCCACAACCAGGAGAGGAGAGCCAGAUCCUGGAACUGCUGAUUCAGAGAGAUGGAGAGUUUCAAGAGCUAAUGAAGUUGGCAGUUGAUCAGGGAAAAAUCCAUCAUGAAAUGCAGCUUUUAGAAAAGGUAGUAGAAAAGCGGGAUAAUGAUAUUCAGCAGCUGCAGAAACAGCUUAAAGAAGCAGAGCACAUACUGGCAACAGCUGUUUAUCAAGCAAAGGAAAAACUGAAAUCAAUUGAAAAAGCAAGAAAAGGUGCCAUUUCCUCUGAAGAAAUAAUUAAAUAUGCCCAUAGGAUCAGUGCUAGCAAUGCCGUUUGUGCCCCUCUGACAUGGGUACCAGGCGACCCACGUAGGCCAUAUCCUACAGAUCUGGAAAUGAGAAGUGGUCUCUUGGGUCAGAUGAACAACCCAUCCACCAAUGGAGUCAAUGGACACUUACCAGGGGAUGCACUUGCAGCAGGCAGGCUGCCAGAUGUGCUUGCUCCUCAGUACCCUUGGCAGUCAAGUGACAUGUCAAUGAACAUGCUACCUCCUAAUCAUAGUAAUGACUUCAUGCUGGAGCCUCCAGGACACAAUAAAGAGAAUGAAGAUGAUGUAGAAGUGAUGUCAACAGACUCCUCAAGCAGCAGCAGUGACUCAGACUAGGUACAAGGGGGACAGUAUCCCUAGUAGACCUUUCCUGUGGUGAAGGUAGAUUGAUGCUGUUUGUCACAAACUGCAAUAUCCUUUUGUUACACCAGCAGCCCUGUGUAGGGAGAACAUAGGAGCUGGCUCAGAAAUAGGGUGACUAAUUUAAAACCAUAGCUAUAGACUUGUUUUUUUUUCUUGUUAGAUGUUCUGGGAGCUGGGAGAAAUGUCUGGGAGCUGUCUGCUGGGGGAGAGAUGUCAGAUUUGCAGUGAUUGUGUAAAUGUAUGUUUGCAAGAGAUGUGUAAAUAUAUAUUUAUAUAUAUGUAUUUACUAUACAUUAGAUGACAUAAGUUCCUGGGAGAAAAAUGUGUAAGGGGAAUCCCCUUGUAUGUUUGUUAGUAACUUUACUCUUUUGAUGAUAGCCUUUUCUAUAACACAGAAAUGAAACAUGAAGUUUGUAAUGUAUCUUUUUUUUUUUUUGUUACUGCCUAAACCUAUGUUCUUGAUCAUCUAUGUAUCAAGGACAAAAAUAUGGCAAUAAGGUGUAAUAAAAGUGUUUGUAAUUAUUGUAAUAUAUAAUGAAUGAUUUGUCAUAAAUAAAUGCAACUUUGAUCUAA